CACACACAAGCCAUUACGAGAGGAGAAACAGAGAGGCGUCGCGAUUCCUCAGCUGCCGCCGCUGCCACGUCUGCCCGCCUGCGUUCCAGCCUCACCGCCGGACCCGAGCCACCGUCGUCCAUCUCCGUCUCUAGCCGCCCUGGUCCAUCUCAGCCGUCCUCUACCAGUCUCUCUGCAAAGCUUUGAUUGUUUGUCCGAAGAACAACAAACAAACACAUAGUGAGGAGAGCCUUCGUAGCAACCAGCUGAUAUCUUCCACCCAGCACUACCGCAAUCUUGCAUGUAGAGAGAGGUCCAUCCCAGCAUGGAGAUAGCGAUGGCGGCUAUCCGCCCUCUCAUCCCAAAGCUCGGCAAACUGCUUGUUGGUGAGUUCACCCUCGAGAAGCGUGUUAAGAAAGGCGUGGAGUCUCUUGUCAGAGAGAUGACACUCAUGCAAGCCGCCCUGCGCAAGGUGGGGAAGGUGCCGGCAGACCAGCUCGAUGAAGGGACCAAGAUCUGGGCAGGAAUGGUGAGGGAGUUGUCCUACCAAAUGGAGGAUAUCGUUGACUCAUUCAUGGUGCGUCUGGAAGAUGGUGGUGAGCCUACCAACCCAAAGAACAAACUCAAGAAGUUGCUCAAGAAGACCAAAAGAUUAUUCAAGAAGGGGAAGGAUCUCCAUCGUAUCUCUGAUGCUCUUGAAGAAGUGUUUGUUCAAGCUAGGCAAUUGGGCGAGCUGCGUCAAAGGUAUGAACAAGAGUUGCGGGAUUCCGACGCUGGUGCUAGUGUUGACCCUCGCGUGAUGGCCCUAUACACAGAUGUUACAAAGCUUGUCGGCGUUGAAGAACCAUGAGACAAGUUGAUCGGCAUGUUGAAUGAAGGUGAUGAUUGGUCGAAGCAUCCAUUGAAGACGGUUUCCGUUGUUGGAUUUGGUGGGAUGGGCAAGACAACUCUUGCCAAAGCAGUGUAUGACAAGCUCAAAGUGCAAUUUGAUUGUGGUGCCUUUGUUUCAGUUUCUCAAAAUCCCGACAUCAAGAAGGUUUUCAAGAAUAUUUUGUAUGAAUUUGACAAGUGCAAGUAUGCACACAUUCAUAAUACAGAAUGGCAAGAAAGACAUCUGAUCGAUGAA